ACAUAGUAUGAACCCAACGAACGGACCGCAGGUGCGACAUGGAACGUCGCUACGGGAACGGCUCGCAUUCAAUCGGCGGCGAUUUCGCGCCAGAGCGACGCGCGCCUCCAGCGACUGCUGCUGCCCCUGGCGGACGAUCGAAGCAACUCCGGCGCGAUCCGAGCGUCCGCGGUCGACCUACCACGUCGGGAAGCGAUCGCACGCGGACGAGGUGCACGCGAUCGCGCAGAGCAACAGAUGCCGCUGCAGUCUUCACCGCUGCUCGCCUGGCUGCCGACGCGCGGUUUUGCCGAAAAUGCAAAAAGGAGACGCGACGGAUCCGUCUCGCUCCCUUCGACGUCCCGGAGAUCCUCGACGUACCAAAAUGUGCACGAUUAAUUCCUCGACGCGCUUAAACGAACCGCGAGCCCGGGACUCCUUCAGUGCGGCGACCUUCCCCCUGAGGUAAACGAUGAAGGCGGCCGAAUGCCAAGUAGAAUUAAGCGAUGAUUAUUAGUACCAGACUUUUCUUCAUGAAUAACGAAUGGUAUGAAUAAUUGAUAAAUCACGCGAUGGGCGACGUGAUGAAUGGACUGCAUAAAAGUCCAAACGAAGUAAAAGUCCUUCCAUUCGACAUUCCCCCAUUGCUUCUUCCGAUUUGAUCACUCUGUAAACAUCUUUUUCACACGCCGUAUUAUGUUUUACAUUCCACUUUGUUUUUCUUUCGCUCUUUUUUUCUAAGAGCGCAUAAAGAGACGUGACGACGUCUUCACUGAACUUUGAACUUCUGCUGAAGAGUCAUCGCGUAUGGACGAUCACGAAACGCGGCAAGGGAUUAAUCUUUUUAUAAUUUCACGUAAAAUCAGGAGCCGGCGAGCCCGGGCCGUAUACUGCGCGUAUAUACCGUAUCCGACAGUGAGGGGUUAAAUCUGCCGGAAUAUUUUGCGCAAAAUAUUAUCCAGACAGCCGACGCUGUCGCGCGCGCGCGCGUGCUCGACGAGCGAUGUUCCCAAGAUAUUAUUUUUCGCGCGAGGCGCGCUCUCCCUCCUCCUUUAUGCCCCUUUUAAACGUAACCCUUUAACUGUAAUCUCCUCCUCUCCGCGCGCAUUUACUUCCCUUCUUUUCCUCGCUGACCGUGCCACGGCGCUCGUUAAAAACUGCAGAAUUAUUCCGCAAGACUUGCGUGUAACGCGCACGUGACAUUAUUUAUCGACCGUCGUCCGGCUGCCAGCACUCCGGCCGGAACAGAAAGGGAUGACAGGCUUAUCAUAAUAGGCAAUGAUCUAUAUACGAGCGCGUGUGAUCAAUAUUUGCACAAUUCUUGUUUUAUAAGCUUCUAUUCUAUCUUUGGAUCCUCGCUGCCGCGCUGCGGGAUUUGGCUGACGUUAGAUUUAGUAGCCGCAUUAAUUUCAGAAGCGUCCCGGCGUAUAUUCACGUAGCAAGUUACGGCUGCAAU